UUUCCGAUAUGUUGUGAUGGCGUCAGCUUUAAGGAAGGCGGAAGAGAAAACUAACUGGAUUAAGUUGAUGGGAUUGAUUGUUGAUUGUGGUGGAGAGGCUUUAAGAAUAACAUUGAGGAAACAACUGUCAGGUACUGAUUUAUUUAAUGUUUUAAAUGACAGUAAAAAUUAUGAUAAACUUUUGUUGCUAAAAGAUAAGCAAAUAAAGCAACAUCAAUGGGAUUUACUGUAUCCUCAUCCUCCAACAUUACCAAAUGAAAAUGAGUUUGACAUUACUUUACUUUGUCUUCUCUUGCGUAAUAUUUGUGGUAUGAAGCCAUCGCAUGAUCCAAUCUGGACGUCAGUAAACGAUCCCAAUGAUCCUUCAACUGAAGCAAAUAUUACUCGUAUUAGGCUUUUUCGUAAUGCGAAUUUUGGUCACAAUCCUAAAACAUCAGUAAGCUUUGAAAAAUUUGGAAGUUUAUGGUUGGAAAUAAGCAAACCAUUACAAAGUUUAGGAAUAAGUAAGGAAGAAAUAGAUAGAAUAAAGAAUAAGUCAUUUGGUAAUGAAGAGUGUGAAAGGAUUUUGAAAAAAUGGGAUGCGUUCAAAAGCGAUUUGACUGAUCUUAUUCAAACUCAUCAGAAAGGUGUUAAGAGAACUGUGGAUGGUUUAGAGAAAGAAUUGGAACAAGUAAAAGAUAGCGUCUCAGUAAUUAAAGACGAAGUGCAUGAAAUACGACAUCACUCUCACUUAGGUCCAGAAGAAGAUAUGUUGACAAAAAAACUUGUAAGUUGUAACUUUGAAAGUGAAAUAAAGCAUCACUCUGAAAAAUUUUUAGAGGGAACACGGGAAUGGGUUUUUAAUGAGUUUUUAGCUUGGUUUGAAGACGAUACUUCUCAAAAUCGCGCAUUUAUUAUUUCUGCUGUUGCUGGUAUGGGUAAGUCUGUAAUUGCAGCUACUUUAUGUAGACGUUAUCCUCAAUAUUUGUCUGCAGUUCAUUUCUUUCAACACAACAACAAUCGUUACAAUAAAGCCAAUGUACUUCUUCAAUCUUUAGCGUUGCAAGUUAGUCGUAAUUUUCCUGCUUACAAACAACUUCUUGUGAAAAAACUUUCAGGUCAACUCUCUCAGCCUUUGAAUAACAUGAAUGUUGAAGGAUUAUUUUCCCUUCUUUUUACUGAGUUGUUUUAUAAUAUCUCAGAACUUCCCAAGCGAAUGUUAGUUGUGCUGGAUGCUCUUGAUGAAUGUGGUUAUCUAGAAAGAGAUGACCUUACUAAUUUGAUUGCCAACCACUUACACAAACUUCCGCCUUGUUUUCGCUUUGUAAUUACCACGAGACCUAACGAAGUUGCUUUGAAUAAGUUCGAAAAAUUAAAUCCACUGUUCAUUAAUUGCAGCGAUGAUCGCAAUUUAGAGGAUAUUAAAUUUUUGAUUGAAGAAGGAAUUGGCUCUACUGACAGCCUUCCUAAUUUUAAAAACAUUUUGGUAGAAAAAGCUGACGGACUUAUAUUGCUUGCUUCGCUUCUUAGCGGUGAAGUGAAAAAUCAGGAUUUGUUGAAUGGUUCCAUACCAAAAGAUCUCAAUGAAUAUUAUGAAAUUUGCUUAACAAGAUUAAGUAAGGAAUUAUUAGAUUCGUAUAAUAUCAGUGAAAAAGCAUUUCUAUUAAUGUUAAGUAUUUUGACUGUAGCUAAAGGACCUCUUCCGUGGCAAAUAGUCGAGAAUAUACUUUGUUUUAAUUCGAAUCGCACCUCAAUUGGGGUUAGAAAAAUUAUCUCUUGUCUGUUUGUUACCAAUGAAGAAGGAUGUGUUUCUUUUUUUCACAAAUCCUUAAUUGAUUGGUUGUUGGAUGAUCGAACACAUGAUUACUCAGUAGAAACUUCACGUGGUCAUCGAGUUGUUUUACAAUUUUGCUUAAAAACUUUGGAUAAUCUCAAAUUUGAAGAUGUAAACUAUGACAAAAUUAAUCAUGUGACAGUGAGGUAUUCAGUCAAGUAUUGGUUGCAUCACGCGCUGGAAAUUUCCAAUAACAAUGAUUUGGCUCAAAAUGUUGGUAAAUAUCUCAUUGACUUAGAAAUUUUACUUGCCUCUGUUUGGAUUGAUGCAGGUCUUACUUUGGAAAAUUUUUUCUUGAUUAAUGAGCAUGCCGUGUAUUUUGAUCUUCUUGAGAAAAUUCGAUCAUUAUUUAAUGACAUUUACGUUGUUCUUACAUGGCAUUUUAAUGGUGAUGAUGAAAAGGAAUUUUUGCAAAAUGUUAUUAAUAAAGUUAAUGGUCUUGCGUCACAGGCUUCCGAUUUGUUUAAAACACGUUUUAAUGAUCACCCAUAUCGCGAGAACAUCAACACAGGUUUUGUCAAAGCUCGGCUUUCUCAACUUAGAGCAAGAGUAGUAUCGUUCGAUGUUUCUAGGAAACUUGAUUACGUUGUUUGUGGGUAUCGCUCAAACGUUGUGCAACUUUUUUCGUUGAGCACAAACAGCUGCUUAUGCAUAAAAAACAUGAGAAUUCAGUUAAAGGAAGUGGAACACAUCAGGUGUUGUGUUGUCUUUCAUCCAUUUAAAGAUUUAAUUUUUGCUUCUCAACUAGACAAGGUGAUAGAUUUUAAAGGGAAAAUAUGCCCAAGUCCGUUCCAUUGUGAUGAUUUUACUUCGAAGUUGUUUUGCAACAAAUGUUUUUCUAAGGAUAAGUACACACUGGUCACUAGUUACAAAGAUACUUUGACAGUAUGGGACGUUAAAAAGGAAGAAAAGAAGCAAAGUUUUACAUUGCACAAUUACAUAACUUCGCUCUGUUUUAGUAAAUCCGAAAGAUUCUUGGCCAUUCGUUUUCUCGCAUAA